AUGCCUGCUCUUUCUGAAGCCAACAAUACUUUUGCCUUAAACUUCUUUAAGAAGAUUGAGAUUGGUGAAGAGAAUGAAGAAAAUGUGUUUUAUUCUCCCCUGAGCCUCUACCAUGCCCUGACUAUGGUCUUAGAAGGGGCCACAGGAGAGACUGCUGAACAGAUCCAACAGGUUCUUUCUUUAAGCAAAAAUACAGAUGUCCACCAAAGUUUCCAGUCUUUUCUUGCAGAAGUUAAUAAAACUGGUGCUCAACCCCUGAUGAGAGUUGCCAAUGCACUCUUUGGAGAAAAAACUUGUGGUUUUCUCUCACCUUUUAAGGAAUCCUGUCAGAAAUUCUACUUUUCAAAUGUAGAAGAACUUGACUUUGCUCACACCCCUGAGGCAGCAAGAAAGCACAUCAAUGACUGGGUAGAAGAAAAGACAGAAGGUAAGAUUUCAGAAUUGCUAGCCAAUGAUUCCAUUGAUAUAAUGACCAAUCUGGUUCUUGUAAAUGCUAUCUACUUCAAUGGAAAAUGGGAAAAACCAUUUGACAAAGCCAAGACAGCAGAAAAGAUGUUCAAAAUUAGUGAGAAGAAGCAGAAACCAGUACAAAUGAUGUAUCAGAGAUCUACAUUUAGCAUGACCUUCAUAGAAGAUAUACCUACUCAAAUUCUAGUUCUGCCUUAUGCUGGAGGACAUAUGGACAUGGUCAUUUUGCUUCCAGUUGAAAAUAAGCAUUUAAAAAUGCUGAAAAAAAGACUUACUUCUGAGAACUUGGUAGAUUGGAUAAACCCAGAGAUGAUGAAUGAAAUCGAAGUGGAAGUUUUCCUUCCUAAAUUUAUACUGGCAGAGCACUUGGAUGUAGAAAUCAUUCUUCAAAAAUUGGGAAUGUUAGAUGCAUUUGAUAAAGCUAAGGCUGACUUUUCCAAGAUGUCAGCCAGGAAUGACCUAUGUCUAUCCAAGGUUAUACAUAAGGCUUACGUGGAAGUUAAUGAAGAAGGGACUGUGGCAGUUUCUUCUACUUCAGCAGUCAUGAUGACUAGAUCUGAGAGAAUGAGUCUUGAAUUCAAAGCUGAUCAUCCCUUCAUUUUUUAUCUCAUAGAGAAACAAACAAAUAAAAUAGUAUUUAUUGGAGAAGUGACCUCUCCAUAA